UCCAGCAAGUUCGAUUCAAUUGAGAUAAAAAAAAUUGGAGCGGUGUAAAGACGCUUGUGGAUUUUUUUUUCAAACUUGUUUCUUACACGCAUGUGUGAUUAUGGUUAUUGAAAAAGUAUGGAAAUUGUAGUGUUAGAACGAGUUUGCAGUGUUGGCAACAAGGUGACUACAUUACGCGAGAUAAUUAAUGUUUUGAUAAAAAUAGAACAUUUCAUUAAUCGUUAGUGCACAGUAGCUUACAAAAGUUUGGCUUAAAAAGUGUACAGUGACACUUGUGCACAAAUGUCGACCACUGAAGUCCAGACCAUCUCCCCCGCGCCCCCCGUGCGCAAGAUGGCGUCGAAAUCGCAGCGCCUCGUCCGCACCUCCUCCUUGGAGAAGAUCCGCAGGUUUAACAGUUUCAUCUGCUCCCAGCAGUACAACAUCCUGCCGGCGCUCCUCGCCUGGCUGCGCUCCUCCCAGGCCGUGCUCCGCAAGGCCGAGAAGACGAUCCUCUUCUUCCGCGCGCUCUUCUUCAGCCACUUCCUCUACAAAAUCUACCAGUUCGAAUACCGGACGUCGUUCGAGAACCUGCGGAAGCACACUCUGGUGCUCAAGUUGGCGGUGUAUGCGACCGCGGUCGUGCUGUUGGCCGAACUGGGGCUGUGUUUCUACCUCUUGUGCAGCACGCACGUGCCCAGUGGUCUCGUCUUUUUGAUAAUCUCGUUCUUUUACAUUAUUUAUUUAAAUGUGAGGUCGGUUUAUUUCGCUCGCGAGAGCAGGGACGACAAGAAGAGGAAUUAGAUGAUAAGGCUGGAUUUUUAUUUAUUAUUGACUAGUUUGAUUAGGUUAGAUUGUGUGCGUCUUUCGGGUGGUAUUUUUGUACUUGAUGAUUUAUUAUUUGAAUAAAUAUACUUUUGAUAUGG